GGAUGGAUGGAUGGAUGGGAUCCAUCUGGACAGAGAAACACCCCCUUAUUUGUCCCUGUCCCCUGCUUUACUCCGUGAGUAAGAGAUGAGUAAACCCUCACCCUGGGGAGAACGCUCCGCUCCCUCUGAGGAGCAGGGCAGGACCCCGAGCCCUCGCCCAGCCCCGCGUCACCACCCACAUCCAACCCCGGAGGGGCCUCAGGGCCGCGGCAGCUCCGAGCGGGAGCGGCAGCUCCGGGCAGCCGGGAUCUGCCAGGGCCUGCACCGGGGGAUCCUCCCUUGGCGCCUCCGAUGUGCCACAGCAGCUCUGGGAGCAGGGAGGGACCCCUCCAACUCCUUCAUACAGCUCCAGACCAAUCCAAAAUAUCCCAAAAACUGGGAAAAGCAUGGGUGGGUCACCCCCACCGAAACCACGGAACCACAGCCCGAAUCCCGUGGUGAGAGCUUUGUUGGGAUCUGCCACCGUGGGAGCGGCGGGACGAGAGCCAGGCUGGCCCACGGGGCUUGGCUCACUCUCCUUCCCCAACUCCCAAAACUUCCGGAUCAUUCCCAUUCCUGCCUCCUCCUCCUCCUGCUGAUCCAGGGAGAGGCAUUCCAAGGGAGGAGGCUCCAUCUCCUCCUCCCCGCCGAGGCCUCGGCGUGCCGGGACAGAGCCACGUGCCGGCGGGAAGCAGCAUGGCCGAGCGGCUGUCGGAGGAGAAAAUCGCGGAAUUCAAGGAAGCUUUUUCCCUCUUCGACCGCGACGGCGACGGCUGCAUCACCACCAAGGAGCUGGGCACCGUCAUGCGCUCGCUGGGCCAGAACCCCACCGAGGCCGAGCUCCAGGACAUGGUGGGCGAGCUGGACGCCGACGGCAGCGGCACCGUGGACUUCCCGGAGUUCCUGUCGCUGAUGGCGAGGAAGAUGAGGGACACGGACAGCGAGGAGGAGAUCCGCGAGGCGUUCCGGGUCUUCGACAAGGACGGCAACGGCUACAUCAGCGCGGCCGAGCUGCGGCACGUCAUGACCAACCUGGGCGAGAAGCUGACGGACGAGGAGGUGGACGAGAUGAUCAAGGAGGCCGAUUGCAACAACGACGGGCAGGUCAACUACGAGGAGUUCGUGAGGAUGAUGACGGAGAAGUGACGGCUCCACAGGGAACAGAGGUUGUGGUGGUUCUCCCCCGGCCCCUCCAUCCCCUUCCUCUUUCUCCAGGUUGGAAAAAUCCUCUUUGAUCCCAUUUGGAGUGUCACCAACCAGCGUCUGCUGGGAUACGGAUGGAUUUGGGGUCCCCAUGGGAUGUCUCGUGUCGAUAUUCCGGGGGCAUUCCCUGAAAUUCCCGAGUCCAAUAAAAAACG